CAGAGUGGUGACAACUUGGUGACAAAUGCUGUGUUUGAAGUAACACAUAGGGAAAUUAUUUACUAGAAAGUGUGGCUUGAAGACAAUGGGUGUUAACAUGGAUCUGUAUUCAUUGUUGGCUACUGACCUUAUUGGUUUCUUAAACAUGGGAGUUUUUACCACAGUUGUCUCGCUGGGUGUAGCAACACUUUGUCUUCAUCAAGCCGACGCCGGCGUUUUUAACGCUAUAGUUCCCAAUUUAAGUACUGGCUGGUUUGCAAAGCCGGGUCCGACAGAGUCUCUAAUUUUCGGCCUUUUAGUGCUUAAGGUUAUGGCACUUCAGUUGGCUGGAGUCUUCCCUUACAACUUGAAUGACCUGUGGAAACAGGACGGGCACUUGGGAGACCAUUUCUGGAAAGGAAACUCAAGAACUCGACGCGAUUUGUUCUUUUCUAAAAUCAACAAGUUUUCUAAAGCCCCUCUGCUUAAAGAGAUUGACGCUGUGGAACGGAUACUUCUGGGUCUGAGACGCAUUGACACUCAUGAUUGCUUCAUCCGUCAUGUCUGUCAGAUCAAACAAAAUCAAUUGUCAGGAAAUGGUUCUGAGUACGAGAGGACAAUCCUCAAGAUUUUCAGCUUGAAGCCACAGAAAAAAGCUGUUGAAGACAAAACCUCCGUUUGGGACAUUUACCACGACGCUCUCACCCCAAAAGUGAUUGACUGUGAUCAGAAAUACAAGCUGUGUCCUCUGACCAAGAACGACAUGACGCUGGAAAACCUAAUGUCUGGGCUCUUCUAACUCCAACUUUCCAAGUGAAAUCAAUAUUUAUUGAACUACUGAACUAUUUAUUCUUAUUACUUUCUACUGAUGUAUAAUUUAUCUCCACGCAUUUACGAUUUAUGUAUCAAUUUGCCUAUAUGUAUAAACCAUGUUAUUGCCUAUUUCCUAUUCAUUCUCAUCCCUCCACCUCUCAAGUGGUAAAAAUGAUCGACAAAUAAAAUGAUAAUUGAUUGACCGCUCACUAAAUAAA